GAAGCAGAAACGCGAGUAGUUCACCGUUGGCCAACAAGUUGACGGGACGCAAGAGUCAGCGAAGCAGUACCGCGUCAGCUGGUAUCUCGUGGCUUUCUCAUUCCUUGACAAAGCCAUACAGACACCUGCAGUUACCUACAGUUUGCUCUCAACCACCGGAGACUCAAUAUCUUCAGAGAGAUUUCAUUUCUUUUCAAUAGUAUCUUUCAUCGAUGAUCGUUAAAUCGUUAAAAAAAAGUUUUGAAGAAAAGUGCAAAAUGCUCGCAAAAAUGUGUAGUUAAAAAAUUAUUGAGUGUUACCAUUCAACAAGUGUUUUAAACGUGAAUUAUAAAAUCCUUUCAUUUUUUUUAUACCACGUGAUAUACAAAAAAAAUAAAGGGGAAAAAUGAUUUGUUUGCCCUGGUCCCUUUUUUUGAUUAUCUCAUUGAUGCUGAAGACAUCUCAAGCCGUACUCACUGGUUCCAUAACAGGAUUUACUCACGGAAUGACGAAUUUUGACAGUAUGAUAGAUGAGGAAUUGGAUAGUGAUCAAGUAUCCAAACAACAAAUUGCUAGUGAAGAUGAGUUGCCUGUGACAAAUAACCGAACGAAGGAAGAGCAGACAGUUUACGUCAUCGAAUUCGAAACCGAGCCAGAUGAAAAGGAUGAAGUACCUAGAAAAAGAGGCAAGGACGGUAGAGUUGUUUAUGGAGAGACACAAAGUCCCCUGGAUCCAUGGUCGAUAGUAUGGUACAUUGGAUCAUUUGGAGGUUUGGUGGCUUUUUUUUUAAUAGUCAGCUGCUCUGAGUGGUGUUGUCGAAGAAACGCCAGGCCUAUGAGCGUACCUUAUAUUCAGCGUGGGGAGGUCAUUAGUGGAGCACAAGGAGUUGCCGAAACUCCUCCGCCACCUUAUCAUCUUUUUGCACCUCCGCCUUAUGAUUCGAUUAAUUAUUCCGACCUCUCUGAUAAGGCUUCAGGAGAGAAGCUCGACAUUUACGUGAUAUCCGUACCUAUCCACAACACUGUAAAUCAGGUGCCGGCGUAGGAUCAUUUACGAUCAUCCUCUGAAAGAGGAUGACCCCAUCCAUUCUCACGAGGCAUCGAAAGUGUCGAAUCUCUUUACAAUCUCUGAUAUUGUACCGCCUUUUUCUCUAUGAAAAAGAAGAAGAACAAAAAAUAGGACCAAUCACCAAGCCUAAGAAAUAUCAAGAGAUGAUGUUCCAAAUGCGUUGAAGCGAAAGUCACGCAAAUUAUUUUCCCCGAAUUUUUCACUAUGAAAAAUAAUACGUGAUAAAGUGAACUGUACACCUCACCGAAAUGUAAAAUAUUACUGUGGAAAAUUUUCAUGAAAAAAAGUGAUAUUAGUCGCUUCACAAAAAGUUUCCUUCGCGGAAAUAUCAUUCCGAUAGUGUCAAUGAGUAGAAAAAAAUAUUAAACGAUUCCAAAGCAUAUCGUUGGAAACAUCAAUAAGAGUCGAAAAUCUCCGUUACGCUAAAAGCGAGCGCUAUUGAUUUAAUUAUAAGAUACCGAAAACUUAAUCAAGACGAAGAUUUCAUUUUUACGUCUCGUAGCGAAUAUUACGAGUACCAAAGACUGAUUUCGCGUUUAUUCUAUGGGCGAAAAAAAAUGUAAAGAACAUAUUUUUAAACUGUAAAAUAGCAUAAAGGAAAUGUCAUCUAAAUGUCGCUAGUCACAUUGGAAACAAAGUUUUUAAUUUAAGUAAUUCAUUACUUAACUAUUAAAAAAGUAUAUGCAGUGAAGUAACUUAUUUAUUUAUUUGAGUAUGGUGAAUUAAUGGAUUACUUAAAUUUUUGUCAGUGCAUAAAGAAUAAUAAUUAUUGACUGUUAAAUAAAAUUGUUUGAAAGUAUAUAGCAUAAAAUAAAAAUAAUAUUACCUCUCUCGUAACCUUGAGGCAGUGACUGAUAAAAGUAAUCAUUAUCGACUUUUGAUUUCAUUAUUUAAAAAAUAUUCUUCUUCACCAGUUUUAAUUUGUUUUUUCAAAUAUAUUUAGCAAAAAAAAAACAAAUCAAAAUGAAUGAAAAAUAUUUAAAAUUGUGACAAUUCCGCUUACUUUUUAAUUAAAAUAGAUUGAAAAGAAUUCACUAUGUAAACACUGAAAUUGUUUCGAUUUGUCGUACUUUACAGAGCACUAAAAAAUUAAACCACUAUUAUAUGAAAUCCCAAAUGCACGACAGUAAGACGUAAUGGAGCAGCGUUUUAAUGACUGAUUACAUCGCGGCAAUGAGAUCUUAUACAUAUUUUACCUGCGUCUAUAGAGUAUCUAAAAAAUGUACAUUUUCAUAAAAUAUUAAGAUUUUCAGAUAAA